AUGGCACCCUUCAUCUCCAAGAAGGUGUUGAUGAUCACCAACAUCGAGCGUGGCGAGCUCAACGUCUUCCUCGCCGCGGCGUCAUCUCUGAUGGCUGCCGACCCCGACCUGGAUCUGCAUCUCGCGACCUUUUCCGGCGCCCAAUUUGCUCUUCCCAAGGGCCUCACGUAUCACGAGAUCAAGGGCAUCCCCAUGUCCGAGGCCCUCCAGCAGUACUUUACUCGCACGCAGGGACACGCCAACUUCCCAGACUCCUUCACCAAGAAGCCAGGCUUCGUCAACACCCAGCAGGCAAUCAAGGAUGCCACAUCGACCUCUGUUCCCUACACAGGACGCCAGAUGGUCGACGUUUUCACCUCCACCGUUUCCAUCAUCAAGGACGUCCAGCCAGACUUGGUCGUCGUGGACAGCCUCAUGGCGGCGGGUCUGACAGCCUGCUACGACCAGGGCAUCAAGUUCAUCUGCCUGGGCCCGACUUCCAUCAAGGAAUUCGCAAUCUCCUCGCAGCCUCGCGCAGCCGGACUCUGGAAGUUCCCAGCCCUCUUCUCUGGCUUCUCCUUUCCCGUGCAGUGGCACAAAAUCCCCCUCAACCUUUACUAUGCCUUCUCCAAGGUUAGGGCCUUCAAGAAGGACAGUCAAAGAAAGGAUGUUCAAUCGUACUUGAACGCCCACUGCGUCAUCAGAACCCCGGUUGACCUGAUCACCAACCGCCCCAAGGACGUCAAGAUCUUGGUCAGCAGCCUCCCCGAGCUGGACUAUCCGCUCAAGGUCCCUGAUCACAUCAUCCCCUGCGGACCCGUGGUGCGAGCCUACGCGCCCCUCUACAGGAGCAACCCCAAGCUGGCUGAAUGGCUUGCUAACGGACAGACGAUCCUCGUCAACAUGGGAUCUCUGGUCAAGGUCUCGGAGCCCCAGGCCGUGGAGAUGGCGCGAGCCCUCAAGGCUGCCAUUGAUCGUUUCGACCAGGACGGUGAGAAGAAGCAGCUCCAGGUCUUGUGGAAGCUCCAGAAGAAGGGCAAAUACUCCGUCUUUGCGCCGGAAUGCAUGCUCGCCCACGUUCUUGGCCGAGAGUUUGCCUUUGAUCGCGUCCGAGUGGUUGACUGGAUCCAACCCGAGCCGUUGUCCAUCCUUCAGACCGGCGAUGUCAUUUGCUCCGUCCAUCACGGCGGCGCAGGCUCGUUCAACGAGGCCAUUGUCACCGGCGUUCCGCAAGUCGUCCUUCCGGCUUGGGCAGACAACUACGACUACGCUCAGCGUGUUGAGCUUCUCGGCGUUGGCCGCUGUGGCAACAACGCCACGAAGCCUCGCUGGACUUCGGGAGAGCUCACUCGUUCGAUGCUUGAGGUGCUGGUGGGCGACACCGCAGCCGCGAUCAAGGAGAAGGCGGCCCAUCUGCAGGAAGUCUGCCAGAUGAAUGGUAGCGGCGCUGAUAAUGCGGCCAUUGCCAUUUUGCGCGAGUGCGAUGUUCUCUGA